AUGGAUAAACAGCAGCGGCUGCUGCGGCAGCCGCUGCCGCCGCUGCAAAUGCCGCUGCUGCUGCGUCUGCUGGCCUUCUGUUUGAACCUGCCGUUUCUGACCGCGCCUCCAAUCGGAGCAUCUGUACUGCCACCAUGGGAGUGUACCAGCAACAAAAUCAGUUGCUACAAGAGCGGCAAGCCGUAUGCCACUGCGUUUGUUGGGUUGCUGCCGCCGGUUGCAUGUCUAAGCAACGGCAACAGAAGCAGCAUCAGAGGCGUUAUCAACAGCAGUAGCAGUUUGUUCUCUCGAGGAUGCUUCAGACUGCACCCACGUCUGCGGGUGCGCCAUAUGUCCAGGGACAGUGGGAGCAGCCACUUACUUGAGCUGUCUCGCCAGCGGCUUUUGUUGGAGCGCGAAGGAGAUCUUGAGAAAUACCUCAACCGCCCUCUCUUACCCUUCCCAGCUGAAGGGGAAGUCCACUCCCAGCGAAAGAGAAGCAAAAUGCCUGCUCCAGGAGGGUCUGCCCGUGGGCCUCUGCUGCUGUACAGGAAAGCGAAGCAGCUGCUAAUGAAGCACAGUGGUACCUCUAACAACCGGCAGGUGCUGAUGCUCCGAGACAGACUCACUCUACUUGUAGAGCAGCAACAUGAAUUACUGGUUGACUCCCCGCAGUCGUCAGUUGAAUUACUGCGGAAACUCUGGGGCAUCAAGCCAGACGAACCACACACGCUGAAGCAGCAACAGGCACAGCAGCAGCCGCAGCAGCAAAGUUCUGAGAGGGAGAACUCGCUGCUACAGGAGCGGCGAACUCGGCCAUUAGGCAGUCGGUUUUUGUUCGUUUGCGGCAUAGAUCUGCGAAUGACAGGAACGGAUCUCGAGAACAUAUUUCAAACAGUCACGGAGCAACCCGUGUAUGCAAGGUUGAAAAGAAACACAGAGGGACGGCACUUGGGAUUUGGGCUUAUGGAGUUCGGAUCGACAUUGGACGCGACACGGUGCUUGUUACAGCUAAACGGGAUAAAGAUAGGGAACAGCAUCAUCAGGCUCGGGGAAGCUCUUGGCCGAGCCGACGAUGCUGAGCAAUGGUCAAACCAGCGGCGCCAGCAGCAACCGCAGCAGCAGCAGAUGGAAAGUACUCAGAGGGGUAGUAGGAGGAAGACGAAACGAAAGAUGGAGAGCAGCAGCAAUUGUAACGGCAGCAGCAGCAAGGCAGGUCCCGCUCUGUAUGUAGCCUUCAAGGGAAUGAAGACUCUGGGGGACCUCCGUGCUACGAACUCACAAGCAGACAGCAGCAAGCAGCAGCAGCAACAACAGCAGCAGCAGCAGGCUAGGGGGCUGGCCGAGCAGCAGCAGCAACCGAAGCAGCAGCAGCAGAUCACGACAUCUACUGCAGCAGAAGCAAGCUCUGCUUCGUCGACAGCAGCUGCACAACCAGCCCCACCCGCAGCAACACCAUCUGCAAAUGUACACCAGGUAAACCUUGCUGCACCAGCAGCACCAACAGCAGCAGUAUUAGCAGCAGCAGCAGCGGUGUUAGUGGUGGUGGUGAGCAAGGAGGAGGAGAUCGUGGUGGUGGUGGUGCUCGUGGAGCAGCAGCAAAUGCAUCUAGAGCAGCAUGUAGCAGCAAGCGUGUGGCUGUACGCCUUCAUUGUUAUUGUUCUAUACUUUAUAGUGCAGCACGAUGAAGAGAAGGUGCAGCAGCACCGGCACCAACAGCAUCUGCUGGUGCUGCUGGUGCACCUAUGGAUGACUAUGCAUGCGCUGGGACGGGGAAAAAGACUUGUGGGGCUGCAGCAGCGGGGAAGCAGCUUUAGUUUAUCUACUGCUGUUUGCUGCGUCUGUGGUAAGAAAGGAGGAGCAUUUACGGGGGCAUUAUCUCUUCGUCGUGUCCGUUUGCUGCUGCAACAGCAACACCAGCAGCAGCAACAGCAACAGCAGCAGCAGCAGUAG